GUGGCAACAGGUGAAGGAAGCGCGCCGACGCCCUCUCCCCCGAGCUUCAAGUCAACGAAACAACACACAGGGAACGUGACCCACAAAAGGAAGCAGACCAAAAAGUAGAAGACGACCAUAUCAGAGGCGGUGGCCAUGGCGUCAACGGGCACUCAGCUGCUGGCGAGCGCUCUGUGCCUGCUGGGCUGGGCAGGUGUGCUUAUCAGCUGUUUGCUGCCCAUGUGGCGAGUAACGGCGUUCGUGGGCAGCACCAUCGUCACCUCGCAGACGGUGUGGGAGGGCAUCUGGAUGAGCUGCAUUGUGCAGAGCACCGGUCAGAUCAUGUGCAAGCCUUAUGAAUCCACAUUGGCGCUCAGUGCUGACCUGCAGACGGCCCGAGCCCUCACCACUUUGGCAGUCCUGACCGGUGGUGUUGGCCUUGUCCUGGCCUUUGUUGGGGGUAAGUGCACCCGCUUCCUGGACCAUGAGGGGUCCGGGUCCAAAGGCAGGGUGGCGGUGGCGGCGGGGGCUGUUCUGGCACUGGCGGGACUGCUGUGUCUGAUUCCAACCUCGUGGGUGGCUGGCGCCAUCGUCCGCAAGUUCUACAGCGCCGCCAUCGACGCUCAGCGGCGCGAGAUAGGCGCCUGCCUCUACAUCGGCUGGGGGGCGUCCAUCCUUCUCAUCUUGGGGGGAGGGCUCUUCAUCAGCUCUACGUGUCCCCUCAAACCGCAUCAGGCCAACAAGAGUCCAUCGGCUCGGUACCUGAUGGUCCGCUCCUCCACCGGAUCCCUCCGGAGAGUCCCGGCAACGAGGCCGACAGGGACCGUUUUCAGUGGUCCACCUAGCUACCAGACGGCCUCCGCCAAGUCGGAGCCAGCUGUUGGCACCGCCUGGGGCUCCGAGCCCAAGCACAACUCAGAGAAGUCCUGGGCGCCGUCCACCAAGUCUGAGCUGAAGCGCCUGGACUCGGCACCCUCAGAGAAAAGCGAGGCACCGUCCGCCGAAUCUCAACUGAAGCACGACAAGACUUUGGACUCGGACGAUAGCCAGGAUGAAGACACGUCGUUCAACCCUUCAAAGACUUACCUCUGACCUGGCGUCAAACAUUUAAACUCUAUUUUUCAUGUGAACCAACUCAAUUUGAGACCAAAGUCAAACAACUGACCAGAACCUCACUUCAACUAUCAAGUUGGAUCCAAGACUCAGACUAUUCUUCUUCUGUGUAUCUCGGUUGAGUGUUCUGACAGAAAGUGAAACAACAGACUUUAACUGAAUUUAGUUCAGGUUUUAACAAAUAUGAUUUGAUGACAAUGAUAUGACUUUUUUUUUUUUUUGCACACAUGCGUAAAUGCACACUUAUGAGUAAAAUGUUUACGAGGGUAAUGUAACUGAUGUUUUGUGUGAAUGGUUUUAUUUUUUUUCAGUGACUGAUAUGCAUGUUUGUCUUCUGAAUAAAGUUGACAGAUAGGUUGGUGA